AUGGGCUUCGGAAAACUGGCGCUGGCCGCGGCAGCGUAUAAAGCCGCCGCCGAGGAACUUGAGCAUUCUCCCGAGCCGCAACCUCAGGCUCCUGCGACGAGCAGCUCGGCCCGAAGACCGUUGUUGCCGCAGGCGUCUGGUUCUGGGAUCUCGACGACUGGGAAUGGCUACGGCGCAACGCAUUCGCGGCAUUAUAGCCCUGAGGCUCUGAGGAGGACGAACUCGGCUGAGAGCGGAUAUGGAUUUGGAAAUGGAAAUGGAGCUGUGUUGGAUGAUGAGGCUGUUGAGAGUUUGCUGGAUGAGGCUGGGUUGUUCGUCGGGAACUAUAGGACAUAUGUCCUUCUCUACGCCUUUGUGCCUCUGGCCUGUAUAGUCUUCCUGGCCCUCCUCGCGCCGAUACCGGCCUACCUCCACACGCCCGCGCCCUCCUCGCCCUUCCCGUUCCCCGAACUCCUCCUCGGCGCAGCGCUCUGGUCCCUCGCCUACGUCCUCGCCCCACCGCUCUACACCCUCUUCUCCCUCCUGCCCCUCCCCCCAGCCCUCUCAACGUCCCUCGCCGCCUCGACCCACGCGGUCCUGCGCAACGCCCUCCGCGUCGCCGCGCUCCCCAUCCUCGAGCUCUCGCAGCCCAUGGGCGGGCACACGACGUACCGCAGCGCGGCGUUCGCGCACGUGUGGGCGUUCGCGAUGGGGUGCGGCGCGGCGGACGCGUGCGCGGGGGUGUGGCAGGGGUAUAGCCAGCUGGCGCUGUAUAGGGACGUUAUGGUUAGCCCGGAGGAGGCAAGGCGGGUCGUGGGCGCUUGGUUGCGCGGUCGAGCGCGCUCGUCGGCUCAUCAUCAACAUCAACCUCACCACAAUCAACAACAACACGGCUACCAGCAUACCCAGUCCACCUCUACAUCCACCUCGCCCGAACACGGACACGGACAUUCGCACCCGAGACCGCUGCGCGUGAACUCCACGGGCGCACUCGCGCGCACGGAGCUCGAGCACGAUCUGGACGCGCUGGUGAGCCUCAAAGCGCGCGAGGACCUCGAAGAGCUGUACGGGGUGCACAUCGUGGGGAUACCCGUGUUCGUGACGUGCGUGCUGCGGGUCGCGAGUCUGGCGCUGCUGCUGGGGUUCACGCUCGUGAUGAGCGCUGCGUGGUUGAGCUCGCCGUACGCCUCCGCUUCCACCGCCUUCUCCCGGCAAUCCUCCUCCUCGCGGCAGAUGGUGUUACUGCCGCAUACGGAGUCCGUGGGGCCGUUCUGGGUUACGUUUGUGGUGGUGUGCGUGGCGCAUGGUGCGUUGGCGACUGUGCAUGCUCCGCCGUUGUUGAGGAGGGUUGGGGCGCAUGCUGCUGCGUAUGUGGGGUUGGUGUUGGGAUUGGGAGCGUUGUUUGCGGGGUUGGGGAUGUGGGAUGUGCUUGCUUGA